AUGUCCAUUCUCUCUGCCAAAGACGUUACCGCCCUGCAGCAGGUUCGCAAUUUCGAGGUCAUCGGGUUACACCAGGUUCCGAUAGUUGGCCACGGCAAGGCCUCUACUGGAGACAGUACUCAUGUACCGCGUCCUCUCCGCAAGAGGUCCUCUACCUCGUACGGUUCCGGGAUUUUUGUUGGCGCCACGGUGGAAAUUCUGAGCUUCGGUCUGGUUGGUGACGUUUACCCCGGUUGUUUAUGUGAUGCUCUUUAUGCUGGUCAUCGGUGUCCGUGUAUCGUCACCGACCUGGUACCACCUUGGGUAGUGCAACUGGUGAUUGAAGUAGAAGUGGAGGCCGAGAAUGAGGAAGGCGAGUUGAAUCGUGUUGGGUUGGAAGAUGAAUUCGCUAUCACCAGCUCAUCCCUGACCAAACUCUUCGCGACUGACAAUGUUCGGAAGAUCAGUCUGGAGUCUGAUUUCGUCGAAGCCAGCUCAGUCUCCGACAUCGUCGACUUCGCUGUGGCUAGAGUGAAUCAAAACGGUGGAUGGACCCUGGUUUUGUGGUCCAAAGCCUCGAAGGCCCAAAACGAUUCUGAAGGAGGCAUCAAACCUCCAAGGAAUCAUUUAGUUCAUCUAUCUCCAUCUGCUCUUCCUGAGGAUAUCAAUGUCGAAAUUUUAGGGCGGAGGUACGAUGGGCAGCCCGCGCGACAGGGAAAUCAAGAUGGCAAUAAUGGCGAUGACCAGCAGAGGAUCAACAAUGUCAAUGCCCAGCAGGGGGCUAACGAUGGCACAGAAGAAGUGGAUUGA